UCUUAUCUGUGAGUCGGCUAAUUGGUGUGUGCUCCGCCCGUGUGGCCACACGGACAUAUUGUGGGACUUUCAUCCAGGUGUCGAGGCGGGAGUGUGUGCCAAAAACUCUGCUUCUGGGCAAAACAACACCGUCUUCGAGCAUUCUUAAGACGUACGGCGAAGGAAUGACGAAGUGACAGGAGCUAAGGAGGGUGUAUACGUCACUGCAGUCGCGUCGGAGAUGAAUUUCUUCAGCCGGCAUAGCGAGAGCCGGGGGGAGAGCAGUCGUGAGUGGGGAGAAGAGAAAGAGGAUGGAGUCAUCUACACAGUCAGUCUGAAGAAGGUUCGGCACCAGACAACCACCACUUCUCUACAGAAACUAACUCACGGGGAAAAUUGGUUUCAACCUCUACAGUGGGAAACCAUGAAGCUUCGCACACUGAAGGCAGGCACGGUGGAGAGACUGGUGGAGAAUCUGGCACCUGAAGAUGUGGAGGACCAAGACACAAACUCCAUGCACCUUAACGUCUUCUUGGCAACUUACAGAGCCUUCACUACAGCUGAUGAAGUCUUAGAUAUUCUCUUUAGAAGAUAUACAGAAUACAAAGAAUGUAGAAGAAGAGGAGAAAAUGGAAAAGAUAGCAGACAUGAUGUUUGUAGAAUAAUCCAGUCGGUGCUGUGUAUCUGGAUGGACAUCUACCAGGACGACUUUGACGACCCUCCUGCGUACCGGCUGCUUCACCGCGUGCUGGAGUUUGCGGAGGCUCACAUGUCGGACGGGGAGCUGGCACGACAGACGAGACACAAGCUGGACAGACUCCGCAGGAACGAGGCUCUCAAGGGGCAGCAGAAAAUGUCAGUACCCAACGGUCACCACCUGACCAGCAAUGAGGAUGUGCUGUUCAUCGAGGGCUCAGACUCGGAGCAGCCCCUAGACUUUGACACCAUCUCUGUGCGGACCAUGGCGGACCAACUCACAUAUAUGGAUGCGGAGCUGUUUAAGAAAGUCGUUCCUCAUCACUGUCUUGGCUCCGUCUGGUCGCGGCGGGACAAGAAGGGCAAAAGCACGACAGACGCCCCCACGGUCAAGGCGACCAUCGCUCAGUUCAACGCAGUUUCCUUCCUGGUGAUUGCCACCAUCUUAAGAAGUACCAGUAUCUCGAUAGAGGAAAGAGUUAGGAUCAUUGAGAAGUGGAUAGACAUAGCACAGGAGUGUAGAAUUCUGAAGAAUUUCUCUUCUCUAAAAGCCAUCAUCUCUGGUCUGCAGUCUAAUCCCAUCUACAGACUGUCAGAUACAUGGGCAGCUGUCUCAAAGGAGAAGUCCGAAGAGUACGAGGAACUAUGCACGAUUUUCUCUGAAGAAAAUAACCAGAUGACGUGGAGAGAGAUCCUUGUCAAGGAGGGGACGGCCAAGUAUGCAGACACCAGUAACAGCCAGGUGAAACAUGUCAGAAAAGAGAACAUGCAGAAAAUACAGGCACAGAGAUUAUCGGGUGUGAUGCAGGGCACAGUGCCAUAUUUGGGGACGUUCCUGACAGACCUGAUGAUGCUAGACACGGCCAUGCCAGACACGGUGGACUCCAACCUCAUCAACUUUGAGAAAAAGAAAAAGGAGUUUGAGGUGUUGGCUCAGAUCCAGCUGCUGCAGAAGACAGCCCAGAACUACAACAUCGUGCCGGAGCCCAGCUUCCAGGCCUGGUUCGACAGUGUGGAGCACCUCAGAUACGAGGAGAGUUACCGGUUGUCGUGUGAAGUCCAGCCCCUGUCAGAGUCCAUGUCUCCCCCCGCCCAGUCCAACAGGAAGGAGCGCAGCCUCAGGAAGAGAAUCAGCAGAUUGUUCAGCACGAGUGACUGGGAGACCAGCAGUGCCAACUCCAACACGUCCCAGUCUGAGGACAGGGUCAGUGAGACCAGCAUGCCUGACUCUCCAGACAGCCUCAUGCCAGAGAAGAUGUCAGCCUCCUCCUCCUCCUCCUCGCUCACAUCCCUGGAGAUGUCGACCUCGCCCUACAAGGCGUAUGACUCGUCCAGUAACUGUGUCAUCCGGGUCAGCCUCAGCGGGGAGUCAGACAACAUAUACAAGAGUGUUCUGCUGACCCACCAGGACCACACACCCGGGGUGAUAAAGAGCCUGAUGAGCAAGUUUAACCUUGAUGCAGAGGAGGCUGAAGAAUACAGGCUGGUCCAGAAGCUGCCUGAUGGAGAACUGCAGAUCCCAGAUCACGGCAACUGUUUCUAUGCCAUCAACCAGUCUGUAGAACCCAACUUCAUCUUGAGGAAGAAGUCGGAAGAAGGCGAGCUGCACAGAAAGUCCAAGAAGCGCACGACCUUGAGAAAGCUCAUGGAGGUCGUGUCGACUCAGUCUUAGAAUUCCUCAGACUUGUGCCAGACAUUGUCUAGAGAUGGCGGGAAGAUCUUGUGAGCAAAUCGCAAGUAAAAGCCUCCUGUGUCUCAAGAGCUAAACCUCUCAGAAGCCAGUCUUCUUACUCAAGAGCCGCACUGGUAAUGUUACGUCGGACGAAAAUGUUACACUAACCAGGAAAAAAGACAAUAUAUUCUUAUGUGGUAUCGUUGGCUGCCUUUCGAUGCAGUUUUGUGGCCAGUAUUUUGUCAGAGAUUUUUGUGCAACACAAGUCAGAUUUGUAUAGCGUGUUGCUGUCCAAAAGUGGAAAAGAAAGUGUUUCAUACGUCUUUGUAAAACAUCUUUCUGCAAUAUAUCUGUCUAACCUUUCAAGCUUUUAGUAAUUUUUGGCUACUGUUAAGCGAUCUCUAUGUCCAUAAAAAAAGAUUUGUGUUCUUCGUAUGUCCUCUUUGCCAGGAAACUAAGUUUGCUGGUUGUCUAGAUAACCCUGACUUUUGUUGACCUGUGACAUCAGGUCAUGAACUUUAACCCCAGGUCAUGACCUUUCUGGUGAUGUAAAUAUUUACAUUACUUCCUUUCUCUUCUCUUUACUGUAUAUGCUGCAUAUAUUUUGCUGUUUAAACAGUAUGUGCCAACCUGUACAUUGAAGCACUAUUAAAUGAUGCAACAAAAGAGAAUGGUGCCUUUCUGCAAUAGCACCAAAAAAGCCAUUGAAAUUAAGAAUAUAUUAACAGCCAUUAUUUGAGAGCCAUAGUGACAAUGAUGAAGGAAAUGUAUUGUGUAUAGUGAUGGUCCUUGUAAAGAUAAUGUAUAUUAUGUCGAAUUGAAUUUGCAAGGUGCAACAGAUGUAAUAUUCUUCUAACGUUGUUAUGUACGACUUGAUGUGAGAGCUGUACGAUGCAUGGAUUUGUGAGGCACACAUCUGGUUUUCUGUCGUGAUGUUUUUCAGAAGAAUGUCAGAAAAGAUGAACAUAUUGCCAGUCCAGAUUACAAUAUUUGGUCCACUGCCCAUAUUACAAUGCAAGCAGACUAACUGCAUAAAUGGUAGACACAUUUGUAGUGUCCUGUUGUGCCGGAUGUCUGACUGUCAAGAUGUUUUGUAUGCCCAACAUGUGAUUCAAACUUUUAAGGUUUUACAAGCUUCAGUGCAGAUAUCAUUGGAGGUUUGAUAUGUCAGACUUUGGGUACAAAUGGUUUUCAUUGUAAGAUAUUAAGUCUAACAUGAAUUUUCAUUAGAAGUUUAGCUUUAAGAUUUAAAACUUGGUCACAUGUAUCAUACUGUAACACUUGUAUCAAACUGCUUUUUACAAAGGUAUCAUUUUCUGAGGGACCAGCGACAGCGUCUGGUCUUACAUAAGGUAAAACUCUUGACAAAGGCAGAUUCUCUCAAAGAUGCUGGUUUGGAUCUAAUCAAGUGCAAUUAAUGGAAUGACUCAAGAUGAACUUGACUGAGAGUUGUUAAAUUUAUCAAUGCAAUUGUAAAUUUUGUUCUGUUACACUCAUUCAUUGUCUGUGUGCCUUCUUUGUUUUAUAUUUCCAUGUUGGAAUACAGAGACAGAGUUCCUGAUGCACUGGCUCAAGAAUCAGCCA